AUGCCUCCCACAAGACAGGAGCUGUCCCUCCUCAUUCAUCCACUCGUCCCUGAAUCCGUUCAGCAUAACAGACGAGUCCUAUCUCAACUCCGAUCCCUCACAGCAUUCAUCCUAGGCAUCUCAGCCGGUAUCCUCGGUCUCCAAUCCACCGCCGGCUUCGCAUUUUACUUCGCUGGCACAUUGCUCGUCUCCGGCCUCGUUCAGUUCCUCCUUCUCGGUCCAUCAUCUUCCAGUUCUACAGGCGGAGCAGGCGCAUAUUAUCCCGGUGCAAGUGGUGGUGAGAUUGAAGGGAUCGACGAUUUUGGGAAGAUUCGGGCUCGUGGUGGUAGUCAGGGGCAAGGGAAACCUAUUCAGAGGAAAGGUGCGUGGAGGGAUGUUUGGUUGGGUGGCGGUGUUAUGGGGGAGGCGCUGAGUGGGUUUGUGCUUGGGUGGGCUGGUGUUGGUGGUGUUUUGAGGUGA